GAAAGUGUUUGCCAGUCUAUCUUUUAUGGUCUUUAAUUGACCACAAAGUUCUACUCUCUCGUUCUCUUCUUCCAUCUUUCCUAUUUAUCCUUCAAAAUAUAUCCUCCCAAAGUUUACUCCGAUACAAAAGAAAAAAGGGAAAAAGAAAAUGGCUAACAUUAAACUAUGCAACUUCCUCUUCCUUUUCCUAUGCUUUAUCCUUCUUGCAGCUUAUGUUAUUCAAGGAUCCAGAACUCAAGAACUACUUCCUUCUCAACCAAGAACCAGUGCUCCACCAAAUCUGCAGGGAGACAGUGAAGGAGGACAGACGUCCAAGAAUUCAAAGAGAUUGAUGAUAGGAUCAACAGCUCCUACUUGCACUUACAAUGAAUGCAGAGGCUGCAAAUACAAGUGUAGAGCUGAGCAAGUUCCAGUCGAAGGGAAUGACCCAAUAAAUAGUGCAUACCACUACAAAUGUGUUUGUCAUAGGUAAUGGAUAUAUAUAUAUUAUAUAUAUAUAUAUUAGAUAUAUAAUUAAAUUGUUUUAUCAAAUUAUAUAUUUUAUCUGUAAGUGAUCAUUAGUUGAGUGAUUAUGGUUAAUUAUUUUUUCUUUUAGUAAAGAAAAUACGCACUAGUAUUUGCAAGAACUUCAAAUACCUGUGUGGGCAACUUAGUGAUGACAUUUAUAUAGCCGUUUUGUAGUGUCCAAUAUAGAUGCAUGAAUUUUUGCCUUUUCCAGAUAUCGUGUAAUUUUCUGAGGAAGAAAAAAAAAACAUGUUCUUCA